AUGGCGGGAAUGCGCGUAUGCAUUUAAGGCAGAAGGGAGUGGCGCUGGCUAAGUGCAGAGUGCUGGGGCUUCAGCUGGUUGGAGGCACAAAGAAUUGCUUUUAGAUACAGAGGAUGCAAAACAAUGAAGAACCAUUUAGCAAGACUCGUAGCUCUGGGCAGCACCCAUCAGGAGUUCAUGGAAAGAAGUCUCCACGGUUACCUAAGUGUGCUCGAUGCAGGAAUCAUGGAUAUGCUUCUCCCCUGAAGGGACACAAGCGCUUCUGUAUGUGGAGGGACUGCCAGUGCAAAAAGUGCAGUCUGAUAGCAGAGAGACAGCGGGUUAUGGCAGCACAGGUUGCAUUGCGAAGACAGCAAGCCCAGGAAGAGGAGCUGGGAAUAAGCCAUCCUAUUCCUUUGCCCAUUGCAGCUGAGUUGUUGAUAAAACGGGAGCAUGGUGGUAGCAGCUCUUGCCUGAUGCUGGAAAGCAGUUCCACACAGACAACUAGCACAUCUACUUCAGGUUCCACAACCAGUUCAGAAGGCAAGAUGUUAAUUCAAGAAAUCCCUUCCAUCACCAGCAGAGGGCAUCUGGAGAGCACAUCUGAUUUGGUUAUGGACUCCCCUUACUACAGUAAUUUCUACCAACCUCCACUUUAUCCGUACUACAACAACCUCUACAAUUACCCUCCAUACCAAAUGGCUGUGGCUACUGAAUCUACCAGUGGCAAUGACAUGGGAGGAAUAAGUGGGCCAUCAAUGAAAAAUAGUCACAGAAACCAUCCAGCUGCUUAUGUCCCUAGCCAGUCAGGAAAUCAGUGGCAGAUGAAGAAUGGAGAGAAUCGUUUCCCGGGUCACAGUGCAAGCUCUCAAUUUCGCAUGCAUUCCUACUAUCCCCCUUAUCUGGGACAGAGUGUACCCAACCCAGUUUGUGUUCCACCAUUCCUCACUUUUGAAGAGAUCCCAUCAUAUUCUGAGGCGAAGGCAAGUGCAGUGCUUUCUCCGCCCAGCAGCCAGGAUUCUGGAAUUAUUUCCCUGUCCAGCAACUCCCCGGUUAGCAAUGAGAGUACUAAAGGUGCAGCAGAACAGGAGCCCAAUUCUGAGUCUUCAGCAUUUACUGUCACCACUGCUGGUGAAGACAGAGAAUAGAAAGAUCUUGGUGGGCAGUCAGACGCAGGAAACAUCUUAACCCACAGACACAUUACAAAUGUUGAGGCGGUUUUACUGUAAGAUUGGAUGUUAAUGCAAAAUUGGUGAUCAUUGGCACAUGCAUUAGGCGGCAACCAGGUUUACCAUUUGACUUUAAUAUGUAGGUGUUUGGUUGUGUUAAUGAUUUGCUGUUUUCUCUGAACUCAGGAAGCAAGUUGGUUGCCUUAUUUACUAAAAUCCUAACAUUAAAGUCUUUAGAAUGAAACACUUAAUUAGAGUAAGCCAUUUUAUGUCUUAAUCAAGACACUUGCUGUGAGCAUCAUCUUGUGAUCAAGUUCAUUAAUAGAUUAAUAAGAAAGCAACAAAUGGCAGCAGACUGUUUUAAGCAACUCAUAAUCAUAUGGCUCUCCAAACGUAUAGCUCUUGUAUACAUAUAUGGAAUUGCAGUGGUUCAUGUAUUUGUAUUUGACAGAGCUGUGGUCAAGUCAUGAUUUUAAUAUUGUGCCCCAAACAAAAUUAUCAAGGCAAAAAAAUCACCUCUGUUAUUUAAUAUGUGACAAUAAUUGGAAAAAUAUGUGUUUUGCUAAAAAAAACAAAUAUUUUACCUUUUUUACAGAAUAAAGUUAAAAAAAAGCUGCAUCUCCUGGCAUCUGAUAAAUAAAACUUAGCUUUUAUUCUCUUUAUGAAUAAAAUAUAUGUAAUAAAAUACAUGUCUUUAAAAACAUUGCAGGGCUCCAGCAUAGAGACUUAAACCAUAUCAGAUCCAAUUCCGACCCCUCAGGUCCUUACACCUUGGUAGGUUAGUGUGUGCAGCUUGAUUAGAUAUUGGUGUAUUUUACAUUUUAUAUACUAAGUGAGAAAUUCAGUAACUACAUUGCAGCUCAUUUACUCAAACUGGGCAGAAAACACAUAACCUAUCAGAGAUUUUCUUUUAGUAUGUUACCUGCAAACAGAUUGAUCAAAGCUAAUUGCUCAUUGGUUGCUAAAAGCUUCUACGCUGGUGUAAGUUUGCCCAAAGUAAAUGUGCCCUGUUGGUGUUUGGUUUAAAAGCAGUAAGACAUCUCUAGCUAAAAACAAGGUUAUUGUCUUAGAGUCCAGCACUCUUUUGUGUUCUGAGGUUUUGCAAGUUACUAACAGUAUGAUACAUUUAAACAAAAUGUUUGCAUUUUAAUCAUAGAAUCUCACAUGCUUUGCGUUGAUUUUGUGUUUGGGAUUGAAUACAUCCUGUAAAUGUUUCUCAGCAUCUGGUUUGUUUAAAUUACUUUUGUUACAGGAACCAACCUGGAACUAACCAAGGAGAAUGCACUGUUCUGUGUUGUUGCAGCUGAAUCUGAAAAAAAUAAAAUGUUAUUGAUGAGUGAAUUUACUUGUGUGUAUAUUUGCUGAGCUGUAUUAAAAUAGAAAAAAAAGAAA